GAAUUAUUACAAAUGAUUUAAAAUAAUAUUACAAUUAUUGAUGGAUCAUUAUAUGAGGGAGGAGGAUAAAUGCUUAGAUCAGCUUUAGCUCUAUCUGUAAUUUUUUAGAAGGAAUUUUAAAUUAUUAAUAUUAGAUCAAAUCGACCUAAUCCAGGAAUCAAUAAUUAGCUUUUAAGUUAAAUAAAUCUGAUUUGUAAUUUUGCCAAAGCUGAUAUUCAAGGUGUUGUUUUAGGCUCAAAAGAAUUGAAAUUUAAACCAUUAGAAAAAUUCAUUCCCCAAAACCUAAUAUGUAAAGCAACAACUGCUUAAAGUAUAACAUUAAUUUUGUAAUCUCUUUUGCCAAUUUCACUCAAUUCUGAAAAACCAAUUCAAUUGGCUAUUUAAGGAGGUACUUACUUAAAUCAUAGUCCAACUGUAUUAGCUUGGAAAAAUGUUUUUUUAAAACUUAUUUAAGAAAUGGGAAUUUAUAUUGAUUUAGAAGUUUUAAAAGAAGGCUAUUAUCCUUAAGGUGGUGGUGAAGUAAGAGUUUCUAUUUAACCUAUCAAUAAAAAACUCAAGAAUUAUGUAAACAUUUAGUAUUCUAAAAUUAAUGAAUUAACAUGCACUUACCUUAUUCCAUCUCCAUCUGCAAUUAUUUAAUUCAAUAAUUAAAUCAUCAAUAAUUUAAAAGAAUUUUCAGAAAAUAAUAAUUUACCCAUCAAAAGUGAUAUAAAAGUUGUUAAUUCAAAAAAAUUUAAAAAAUGUUAUGGAGUAACUCUUCUAUGUCAUUCAUCUAAAAACUCUUAUGAUUUUACAUCUAUUAAUGAUUAAGACAAAACUAUUGAUGAAACAGUUAAUCAGGUAAUAAAUUAAGCUAAAUAAUUUUUACAAAAUUAAACUUCUUUUGAUGAACAUCAUUAAGAUUAACUUAUUUUAUUAAUGGCUUUAGCAGAAGGAAAAUCUGAAAUUUUAAUUGGAAAACCAUCUUUACACACCCAUUCUCUUAUAUAUGUCAUCAGAUAAUUCCUACCUGAAUGUUAAAUAGAAUUAUAAGAAACUGAUAAAAAAGAAUAGUUUCUAUUGUCUGUUUAAGGAAUAGGAUACGUAUUUUGAUAUUAUUUUAUUAACUAAUAUACAGAAAAACAAUUUAA